AUGUACACUAGCGAACAGCUUAUUAGUGCCGAUUUUGACUCUGAUGCCUAUCUCAAACAGAAGUUGCAUCUAACCAACACUUCAGAUGAGCAAGCGCGUCUAUCGCUUUGUAUAGAUGAGGUUAAGGAGAACAUUCACAGCAUAUUAUCGGAGCAUUCAGAUGAUAUGAUUGAUCAGCUCAAGGCCACUUACAGAUCUCGACGAGAUGUUGCGAUUGCACGUCAAUCUUCCGAUUCUCUCAUUAAAACUACUAGUCGUCUCAAGCUAAUGAUAGAGGAGCCAUAUCUGUUGAUACGAGACAAAAUCCAAGAGCUGGACACCACUAAAAAUGUGCUUGAUGUACUUCGACAUGUGCAACGUUUUUUAUCAUUGUCCAUCAGGCUUCAGGAAUACAAAUCGGUAACAGAAGCCGACCUCACUCGUAUUGCACGAAUCCUUUCUGAAAUGGAUAACCUUUCCACACAUUCUGUUUUACGAGGCAUCGACGUAGUGGAGCCGUGUCUAGGUUUGAUGGAACGAACCGCGACAGUUCUUUUAAACAAAAUUCACGAGCUGUUGUCGAUGCAUGACUUUUUUUCCCCUGAAUUAGGGGAAGGUUACUCAAAGGUUUCCGGAGAUAAUGGGGAAGUGGUGCUUUUUAGCCUCAAUAAGAUUAUGGUGGAUGUCGAUACAGCUCUUCAGUGCAGUUUUACCAUGGGUACGCUCUCACGUGUUGUGCACAAUUUUAUGAUUGAACACAAGCGGGAAGUCAUCAAAACCAUUGUGCGAGAGCUUGAUCUCCUGUCUAUCACAGGUAUCCUUGGGAAUUCAACGAAUUCCAAGGUCAAUGCAACUGCUGUCCCCGGGGAUACCACGAAGGAGGUUUCUGAUUCACAGGAUAAUGCUCUCAUGGAACACAUUCAAUCAAUCCUCUAUGUUGUGGUGCAGCAUACGCAGUGCAUUUUGGUAUUGUGGCAGGUGUUGCUCCGCAAACAGGAAUCUGUGACGCAUGCCAGUUUCAUAGCGAUGCUAGACACCCCUGUACAGCUGCUGAUGGAUUACUGGAAUGCAGUUAUGGACAAACUGCGUGAGCGACUUCUCGCUCUAGAAAAGCAAACCGAUUUGCAAGCUGUCUUAGUCACCUGUUAUCCACGCCUUCACAUGCUUCUGGAGAGCUUUGUGUGUAGCAGAGAAAGUUUUAUAGGGGACAGUGUACAGCAGCCAGAUACCUUAUUUCUUCCUUUGCACUAUGUUCGACAAUGGGGCAUGGGUGACUAUCUUGAUUUAGUUCAGCAUGCUGAAUUUGAGGUAAAUAAAUUGGCAAGGAAUACUACCUCUGACCCCAAUGUUAAUAGUAAUAAUAGUAGUAUGAAUAUCAAGAUGAUAAGGCAAAUGUGGCUCUUUGAGAUUCUCAAAGGGCUUCAGCCGGGAUUCACAGCGCAGAUGAUGAACCGGCACCGCAGUCAGCUCUUACCCUCUUUUGUCGUGUUGUCCACCAUUACCCCAUCAUCGGUUGCCACCGGCAAUCAGCCCAUAUCGGUAACUACUGACACUACUGGCAUCUUGUCCAGGCACCGGGUCUCCACCACGCCGCUGCCGCAGACUCAUGCAAUAGAGCUUACUACCUAUACCCAUAACAUUAUUCAAGAAGGCUACAUAUAUCGACAAGACCCACAUACCCUGUUUCUCUUUGUGGAGUGUGUUCUGAAGUGUCUGUCCCAACUUUAUGACAAGUUGAGGAAAAGCACGAUACUAUUUUCCUUGCCUCCCCUUCCUGCGGUGACAUCCACUGUUACACGUACACAACUAAUGCACAUUUCUAUCGCGAACGCUUGUACAAUACUUGUGAAUGACUUUACUAAUUUACUGACUUUGCUUCCUGAUGACACUGAGACACUAAGGUCUGAGAAACCUAGCAGCUCAAAUGACGAAAGUAAUAGCGACGAUCUGGGGAUGAUACUGGGUGACUGGGCUCAGUCGUUAAAGAUGUUGAGCCUCAAACGGCAGCAACUGCACGAGCAAAUUCAGGCCUUCCGAGUUUUGAGUGAAGAAAGUUCAUGGCCGUUUAUGAACUCCAUAAAUGUUGUCCUCCUUUCAGCUGUUUCUCUAUGCACAGAAGGCUCUCUCUCAGAUCUUCAUUCCCAUAAUAGUAACACUGCCGGUAAUAUAUCACAGGGUGAUCGAAGAUACUCAGCAAUUCUUCAGCUACAGAAACUAGUGGAUGAUUUUAUGAUUCAUUUUUAUCAUCGUUUUGAUCCAUAUACGUCGAACUUGGGAAACAUAACUCGACGGGUUGUCGACUCACAAUUGUCUCGUCUUGUGGUUAGUGUUGCUGUUAUGAGUAGGCGGAGCGAUACACAAAGUGGUAAGGAUUGGUGUCAUAGUGUACUUCGGUGUGUUGUACAAGUUGAGUCCAUUUUACUUUCGAUUACCGCAAGCCAACAAAAUGGACAAGGCCGCAGUACACUACUUCUUAGAGGUGCUGUGCAUCGAUUAGUUCAAUUCUACAAUGCAUGGUCCACUUCUCCGCAAACAGCACAGGAGUACGAGCAGGCUGUGGAACAUAUGCAAGCAGUCUUGAAGCCUCUGUUCCCUGUUCUCUCCCGUUUGCUUUUACUCCAACGUCUAAGCUUUACAGUCACUACGCCAAUACACAAGGAACCACAAGAGUCUGCGCCAAACGUUACGGCCAUCCUAGGGCUGAGCUUUGAUGAAAUAGUUGUGUGUGUGGAAUCGGGAUUGCGGCACUACUGUGAUCCGUCUUUGGAUGUGCUUACAGAGUGCGAGGUGGCGCAGUUGGAAAAGAUUGAAGAUGCGGUACAAACUUGCUUUGACAGGUCAAUGAAAAAUACUCAGGAUCAGGAUGAGACCGAUCUUUUGGCUCAUGUUUGGCAACUGCUAUGA